AUGGUGUUGAACAAAUCCAGGCUUCUCAGAACUUUGCUAUUUGCUAGCAGACGAGGACUGGCAGCGAGAUCAACAGCAUUUUCUUCUCCUAAAUCUGCUCGCAUAGUGUUCAAAACCCCCUUUUUAAGACCUUCAAUUGCGCUAGGAACAUUAACUAUUUGCUCCUUAUAUUUCGCGUCGCAAGGGCUCCUGAGUAACGAUGUUAACCAGAAAAAUGAGUCUUCCGACUCGGUAGGUGUCGACAAAUCUAUUUCGCCCUUUCCCACAGAAUUGGUUCCACCUUUUUAUCCUUUGACUACAAAGUACGUUUUAAUGGGGUUUGGUACAAGAUCAGUGACAUUUCUAUCCUUUAAAGUGUACGGUCUUGGACUAUACGUUGCAGAGCAAGAUUUGAGUCUUCUCAGCAACCUAUUGUGCUCGAGCUUUCUUUCCAAGACUUUCAUUGACACUGACUCAACGAAGUCGCAUCCUGAGAAUGUCAAAGCAACACUGCAAGAUCCUGAAAAAUCUAGAAAAGUUGUUGACAAUUUACUCGAUGCUGGGGUUCGCAUGGCUGCCAAGAUAACACCUAUCAGAAAUACCGAUUUUAAUCACUUGAGAGACGGAUUGAUCAAAUCGAUUUUAAGCCAUCCGAAUGCUAAAACCCAGCAGGAGGCUAUGAAUGCUGGAAUUCAAAUGCUCAAAGAAGCCUUUUCAAAAAAAGGAUCAGUUCCAAAAGAUGAUGAUUUGAUUCUUGAGCUUCAAGCGAACGGAAGUCUUCAGCUAUACUAUCUCGGUAAAAAAAAGAACGAAAAAGUGGUUAUGGGACGCAUUGAUGAGCCUCUUAUUGGUAAAUGCCUCUUCAGUCAAUACUUGAGUGGACCCAAGCCUUUAAGUCAGUCCGCGAAAGACUCAUUUGUGGAUAAACUUGUGACCUUAGUGUAA